AUGACUACCCCAGUUGAAAAUAAGACAGAGGAUGGCAAGAGCGUGCACGGUUAUCAAAAGCCAAAUGCCUUCAAUUUGGGCGACGUAGCGACGGAAAGCGUCAAAAGCCUCAGUGACGCCGAAAAGGCCAAAUUGGAAGAGCAGAAUAAGCGCAUGGUGACGCCAUUCCAAGCGCUGAAACUCGAACAAGAGGCCCGCAAAUAUUGGGAUUUGUUCUACAAGCGAAACGAGAAUCGGUUCUUCAAAGACCGGCACUGGACGACGCGUGAGUUUAGCGAGUUGCUGGUUGAUGCAGCAGAAGAACCAGCUGGCAAUAUAACUUCUACGCCGCGCGAAAAUACUGCAGAGGAGGAAAAUGUGAAAAGUAGCGAAAAUGACAAAACAUUAUUCGAAAUCGGCUGCGGUGUAGGAAAUCUGAUAUUUCCGUUGAUAGAAGAUGGGCAUCGCAAUUAUUUCAUUUACGCGUGCGAUCUUUCACCACGUGCCGUUGAGUUAGUGCGGAAACAUAACCUCUACCAUGAGCGGUAUAUGAAGGCGUUCGCUUGCGACAUCACCACGGAGGAAGUGUUUGGUACGAUAACUGAAGGUAGUCUGGAUGUUGUGACGCUUAUUUUCGUCCUAUCCGCAAUACAUCCGGAUAAGUUUCUUGCAACAGUGACCAACAUACAUAGAUUGUUGAAACCGGGUGGUGUGGUGCUUUUCCGUGAUUACGGACUGUACGAUAUGGCCCAGUUACGGUUCAAGCCGGGACACAAGAUAGCAGAAAACUUCUACAUGCGUCAGGAUGGUACGCGAAGCUACUAUUUUGCGGAGAAGGAAGUGUCGGAAUUGUUCCGGAAGGUCGGGUUUAUAGUGCUGGUGAACAAAUACAUCCAUCGACGAACGAUAAAUCCGAAGGAGAACAUUGAUGUGCCGAGAAUUUUCGUACAGGGCAAGUUUAGCAAAUCGGGCGCUGUUUGA